CUGAAUGUUGGUUUUCAAUGUUCAGAACCUGAUUGGCGUUUUUGGAAGACCUACCAAGAAGAUCACCUUUGUCACCAAUGGAUUGGUCAACAACCUCAACUCCUAUGGAAUAGAAAUCGCGGCUAUGUGCAGCGGACUCACCACCUACAUGGCUUACGAAGUUCACACUUUCCAAGGACCCCAGGUGAAUCUGGAAUCAUGCAUUACCCUCGAUGUCCUGAGAGUUGUGGACCUGAAGUACUGCAUUGGCAAUGGCAGUGUCAAUUUCCCGACUCAGCAGAUUCCCAGCGGCAUCUUCAACAACACGCAAGUCAUCAUUGGGGGCCAGUCCCAAAUUGUGACCAUCAACAGGCAAUGGCGUGUGGCAAUCAUUGAGAGAAGGAACGUCACCGGGUCCUGGAAAACCAUCUGGAACUACAACACGGGUGUCAUUGCAACCAAAGUCACGCAACAAAACACCUGCUACAUUUCCAUCAUGAACAGAAGCGAGAUGCCCCGCUUUGAUAACCUGGCCCACCUGGCACAAGAGAGCAGGAACCUGAUUGGCGUUUUUGGAAGACCUACCAAGAAGAUCACCUUUGUCACCAAUGGACUGGUCAACAACCUCUACUCCUACGGAAUAAACAUCGCGGCUAUGUGCAGUGGACUCACCACCUACCUGGCUUCCGAAGUUCACACUUUCCAAGGACCCCAGGGGAAUCUGGGAUCCUGCAUUACCCUCGAUGUCCUGAGAGUUGUAGAGCUGCAGUACUGCAAUAGCAAUGGCAAUUCUCAGCAGAUUCCCAGCGGCAUCUUCAACAACACGCAAGUCAUCAUUGGGGGCCAAUCCCAAGUUGUGACCAUCAACAGGCAAUGGCGUGUGGCAGUCAUUGAGCAAAGGAGCUACAGCGGGUCCUGGAAAACCGUCUGGAACUACAACACGGGUGUCAUUGCAACCAAAGUCAGGCAACAGAACACCUGCUACAUUUCCAUCAUGAACAGAAGCGAGAUGCCCCGCUUUGAUGACCUGGCCCACCUGGCACAAGAGAGCAGGAACCUGAUUGGCGUUUUUGGAAGACCUACCAAGAAGAUCACCUUUGUCACCAAUGGAUUGGUCAACAACCUCAACUCCUAUGGAAUAGAAAUCGCGGCUAUGUGCAGCGGACUCACCACCUACAUGGCUUACGAAGUUCACACUUUCCAAGGACCCCAGGUGAAUCUGGAAUCAUGCAUUACCCUCGAUGUCCUGAGAGUUGUGGACCUGAAGUACUGCAUUGGCAAUGGCAGUGUCAAUUUCCCGACUCAGCAGAUUCCCAGCGGCAUCUUCAACAACACGCAAGUCAUCAUUGGGGGCCAGUCCCAAAUUGUGACCAUCAACAGGCAAUGGCGUGUGGCAAUCAUUGAGAGAAGGAACGUCACCGGGUCCUGGAAAACCAUCUGGAACUACAACACGGGUGUCAUUGCAACCAAAGUCACGCAACAAAACACCUGCUACAUUUCCAUCAUGAACAGAAGCGAGAUGCCCCGCUUUGAUAACCUGGCCCACCUGGCACAAGAGAGCAGGAACCUGAUUGGCGUUUUUGGAAGACCUACCAAGAAGAUCACCUUUGUCACCAAUGGACUGGUCAACAACCUCUACUCCUACGGAAUAAACAUCGCGGCUAUGUGCAGUGGACUCACCACCUACCUGGCUUCCGAAGUUCACACUUUCCAAGGACCCCAGGGGAAUCUGGGAUCCUGCAUUACCCUCGAUGUCCUGAGAGUUGUAGAGCUGCAGUACUGCAAUAGCAAUGGCAAUUCUCAGCAGAUUCCCAGCGGCAUCUUCAACAACACGCAAGUCAUCAUUGGGGGCCAAUCCCAAGUUGUGACCAUCAACAGGCAAUGGCGUGUGGCAGUCAUUGAGCAAAGGAGCUACAGCGGGUCCUGGAAAACCGUCUGGAACUACAACACGGGUGUCAUUGCAACCAAAGUCAGGCAACAGAACACCUGCUACAUUUCCAUCAUGAACAGAAGCGAGAUGCCCCGCUUUGAUGACCUGGCCCGCCUGGCACAAGAGAGCAGGAACCUGAUUGGCGUUUUUGGAAGACCUACCAAGAAGAUCACCUUUGUCACCAAUGGAUUGGUCAACAACCUCAACUCCUAUGGAAUAGAAAUCGCGGCUAUGUGCAGCGGACUCACCACCUACAUGGCUUACGAAGUUCACACUUUCCAAGGACCCCAGGUGAAUCUGGAAUCAUGCAUUACCCUCGAUGUCCUGAGAGUUGUGGACCUGAAGUACUGCAUUGGCAAUGGCAGUGUCAAUUUCCCGACUCAGCAGAUUCCCAGCGGCAUCUUCAACAACACGCAAGUCAUCAUUGGGGGCCAGUCCCAAAUUGUGACCAUCAACAGGCAAUGGCGUGUGGCAAUCAUUGAGAGAAGGAACGUCACCGGGUCCUGGAAAACCAUCUGGAACUACAACACGGGUGUCAUUGCAACCAAAGUCACGCAACAAAACACCUGCUACAUUUCCAUCAUGAACAGAAGCGAGAUGCCCCGCUUUGAUAACCUGGCCCACCUGGCACAAGAGAGCAGGAACCUGAUUGGCGUUUUUGGAAGACCUACCAAGAAGAUCACCUUUGUCACCAAUGGACUGGUCAACAACCUCUACUCCUACGGAAUAAACAUCGCGGCUAUGUGCAGUGGACUCACCACCUACCUGGCUUCCGAAGUUCACACUUUCCAAGGACCCCAGGGGAAUCUGGGAUCCUGCAUUACCCUCGAUGUCCUGAGAGUUGUAGAGCUGCAGUACUGCAAUAGCAAUGGUCAGACUCAGCAGAUUCCCAGCGGCAUCUUCAACAACACGCAAGUCAUCAUUGGGGGCCAGUCCCAAGUUGUGACCAUCAACAGGCAAUGGCGUGUGGCAGUCAUUGAGCAAAGGAGCUACAGCGGGUCCUGGAAAACCGUCUGGAACUACAACACGGGUGUCAUUGCAACCAAAGUCAGGCAACAGAACACCUGCUACAUUUCUAUCAUGAACAGAAGCGAGAUGCCCCGCUUUGAUGACCUGGCCCGCCUGGCACAAGAGAGCAGGAACCUGAUUGGCGUUUUUGGAAGACCUACCAAGAAGAUCACCUUUGUCACCAAUGGAUUGGUCAACAACCUCAACUCCUAUGGAAUAGAAAUCGCGGCUAUGUGCAGCGGACUCACCACCUACAUGGCUUACGAAGUUCACACUUUCCAAGGACCCCAGGUGAAUCUGGAAUCAUGCAUUACCCUCGAUGUCCUGAGAGUUGUGGACCUGAAGUACUGCAUUGGCAAUGGCAGUGUCAAUUUCCCGACUCAGCAGAUUCCCAGCGGCAUCUUCAACAACACGCAAGUCAUCAUUGGGGGCCAGUCCCAAAUUGUGACCAUCAACAGGCAAUGGCGUGUGGCAAUCAUUGAGAGAAGGAACGUCACCGGGUCCUGGAAAACCAUCUGGAACUACAACACGGGUGUCAUUGCAACCAAAGUCACGCAACAAAACACCUGCUACAUUUCCAUCAUGAACAGAAGCGAGAUGCCCCGCUUUGAUAACCUGGCCCACCUGGCACAAGAGAGCAGGAACCUGAUUGGCGUUUUUGGAAGACCUACCAAGAAGAUCACCUUUGUCACCAAUGGACUGGUCAACAACCUCUACUCCUACGGAAUAAACAUCGCGGCUAUGUGCAGUGGACUCACCACCUACCUGGCUUCCGAAGUUCACACUUUCCAAGGACCCCAGGGGAAUCUGGGAUCCUGCAUUACCCUCGAUGUCCUGAGAGUUGUAGAGCUGCAGUACUGCAAUAGCAAUGGUCAGACUCAGCAGAUUCCCAGCGGCAUCUUCAACAACACGCAAGUCAUCAUUGGGGGCCAGUCCCAAGUUGUGACCAUCAACAGGCAAUGGCGUGUGGCAGUCAUUGAGCAAAGGAGCUACAGCGGGUCCUGGAAAACCGUCUGGAACUACAACACGGGUGUCAUUGCAACCAAAGUCAGGCAACAGAACACCUGCUACAUUUCUAUCAUGAACAGAAGCGAGAUGCCCCGCUUUGAUGACCUGGCCCGCCUGGCACAAGAGAGCAGGAACCUGAUUGGCGUUUUUGGAAGACCUACCAAGAAGAUCACCUUUGUCACCAAUGGAUUGGUCAACAACCUCAACUCCUAUGGAAUAGAAAUCGCGGCUAUGUGCAGCGGACUCACCACCUACAUGGCUUACGAAGUUCACACUUUCCAAGGACCCCAGGUGAAUCUGGAAUCAUGCAUUACCCUCGAUGUCCUGAGAGUUGUGGACCUGAAGUACUGCAUUGGCAAUGGCAGUGUCAAUUUCCCGACUCAGCAGAUUCCCAGCGGCAUCUUCAACAACACGCAAGUCAUCAUUGGGGGCCAGUCCCAAAUUGUGACCAUCAACAGGCAAUGGCGUGUGGCAAUCAUUGAGAGAAGGAACGUCACCGGGUCCUGGAAAACCAUCUGGAACUACAACACGGGUGUCAUUGCAACCAAAGUCACGCAACAAAACACCUGCUACAUUUCCAUCAUGAACAGAAGCGAGAUGCCCCGCUUUGAUAACCUGGCCCACCUGGCACAAGAGAGCAGGAACCUGAUUGGCGUUUUUGGAAGACCUACCAAGAAGAUCACCUUUGUCACCAAUGGACUGGUCAACAACCUCUACUCCUACGGAAUAAACAUCGCGGCUAUGUGCAGUGGACUCACCACCUACCUGGCUUCCGAAGUUCACAGUGAGUGCAAGCAUGGGAAUUCUGAGGGUUACUGACCUGGC